UCCCAGCAUUACACCCUGUAUAAGUGUUUCUGUCGGCAAGAACGAACGAAGAGCACACUACGCAACUAUUUAGAAUUCAAGGAUAUUUUUCUCUCAUUUUCCUGGAAAGUUUACUCAAAAAAUGAUGAAGAGAGGGUCGAAUGUGUAUGGUAUAAUGAGUGAUAGCUCGGCUUCGACGACGACGAUAACUUCGUCGUCGUCCUUUACGUUGAGAGAUGAAUGCGUAGAGUGGGAGAUGAGACCAGGAGGAAUGCUGGUCCAGAAAAGAAACGAAAAGAUCGAAGUUCCACCUACUAUCUUACGCCUCCGAGUAUCGUACGGUGCUCUCCGAUACGAGAUCUCGGUGAAUUCUCAAGCAACUUUUGGGGAGUUGAAGAAGCUUCUAAUGGCGGAGACAGGAUUACCGCCGGCUGAUCAGAGGCUAAUGUACAAAGGAAAAGAACGCGAAAAUGGACAAUAUCUGGACACGUGCGGAGUCAAAGAUCGAUCAAAAGUCAUACUAAUCGAGGACCCAGCAAGCAUAGAGAGAAGAUACAUUCAGAUGCGUAAAAACUCCAGGAUCCAGAGCGCUCAUCGUGCCAUCUCUAGCGUAACCAUGGAGGUUGAUAAGCUUGCAGAGCAGGUUUCUGCAAUUGAAAAAUCUAUCUCUAGUGGAAUUAAGGUGCCAGAAGUUCAAAUCACAACAUUAAUUGAGAUGCUCAUGAGACAGGCACUUAAGCUAGAUAGCAUUUCUGCAGAAGGAGAUGCUACUUCUCUCAAAAAUUUGCAGGGUAAGAGAGUGCAGAAAUGUGUGGAAACUCUUGAUGUGCUGAAGAUAUCCAAUGCAAAAGUAAGGCCUGUUAUUGUCACUACCAAAUGGGAGACUUUUGAUCCUCCUCGGGCCUUGGCUCAAUGGGAAAUUUUUGAUUGAUUACUUUUUCAUUCGUCUCUGCCUCCAGAGAAACAGAAGCAAUCUACUCCACUUCUUGUACUUGCUGUUCUUCAGUCCCUCGAGAACCUUGCCAACAAGCGUUGGUGAUUAAAAUUUUAUGUGGUUGGAUUUUUGUCAAACGCUAUGUCAUCAUAAUUUGUUAAUUAGAAAUUUAUGAAUGAUUAUCUUAAAGCAUGUACUAAAU